AUUCAGACACGAGAGCCGUCUGUUUAAUAGGACGUGAAGUAUGUUGGUGAUUGUCACGAAGUUUUUGCUAAUAGCACUCUGUUUUUACAGGUGCUCAGCGAACAAUGUAUCAGCAAGAUAUUAUCCGCGUUACCAUCUCGCCCCGCCAUACGGAUGGAUGAACGAUCCCAACGGUUUUUGUGUAUUCAACAACGAGUUUCAUUUGUUUUAUCAAUUCAACCCUGAAUCAAGCCAAGAUCCGGGAAUCGCGCAUUGGGGUCAUGCCAGGAGUGCUGACUUAUUCCACUGGGAACACCUCCCGAUCGCUAUGUAUCCAGACCGAUCAUUCGAUAAAACUGGAGUGUUUUCGGGAAGUGCUUUAAUUGAAAACCGAACCAUGUACCUUUUCUACACUGGAAACGUGAAUUUUCCCAACCAAUAUCCUGAACGAGUGCAGCGUCAAGCAUUGGCCUUCAGCAAAGAUGGAGUGCACGUUGAAAAAUAUGAAGGAAAUCCUAUCCUCAAAGCUGAGAACCGCCAGCCGCAUAUUAGGGAUCCAAAAGUGUGGAAACAUGGUAAUACUUAUUAUAUGGUUUUGGGAAAUUCUUACAAUAAUCACACUGUCGGAAGAGUGCUACUUUAUACAUCAAAGGAUUUAGUUUCUUGGACUGAAGCUUCAAUAUUGGGUGAGUCUGACGGAUCUAUGGGCUACAUGUGGGAAUGUCCUGAUUUCUUCGAAUUGGGUGGCAAAUUCGUACUGCUGUUUUCGCCACAAGGCCUAGAGCCCAGAGGAGAUAAGUAUAGAAAUCUGUAUCAAACUGGUUACAUAGUCGGCAAUUUUGAUUAUGAAAGCAAAUUGUUUACACCCCUAACUGAGUUCAUGGAAUUAGAUCACGGUCAUGAUUUUUAUGCUACACAAACAACGUUGGAUACCCGUGGAAAUAGAGUUGUUGUAGCUUGGUUUGAUAUGUGGGAACAGAAUUAUCCUGAUCAGCAGGAUGGAUUUAACGGACAAAUGACUCUGCCACGAUACUUAUACCUCACAAGAGAUUUCAGACUGCUUCAAAAACCUGUGCGACAAGUAUCUAAUAUUCGUGGUAGGAAAUUGUAUUCUGGGAGAGCUAAACCUAACAAUGUUAUUAAACUGGAUGACAAUUCUGCAGAAAUUAGAGUAGUGGCGGCUAGAUUGAAAAAUUUCGAGCUACUCAUUGAAUCCGAAAAUAAUACUGUUUCUAUAAGUUACGAUUACAGAAAAGGUAAAGUGACACUUGAUCGGGGAGGCAAUGACGGUGUCCGUAGGACAAACUGGCGUCCUUCCCUCAAGCUUUACUGGCAGAUAUUUAUCGACGCAAGUUCCAUUGAAGUGUUCUGUGGUAAUGGAGAAGUUACGUUCUCCAGUCGAUUCUUCCCCACUGGUAAUGUGAGUAUAAGAGUAGGUGAUGACUCGCAAGCUGACGAAUUGACAGUUUUUAAACUGAAACGUUCAGUUGAUGUGCCCGAUCAAUAAAUUUCGUUCAACGUUGAUACCAAAGCUAUGUCCAAA